AUGGAGGAAUCAUAUCAGAUCUCUGAUAUCUUUAGAGCUUAUAAGCAACCAUUUGCAGUCACGUAUCUUGGAGCUUCUCUUAUGAUAGUUUACCUUCCCGUUGCAUUUCUCAAAGAUUGGUUUUGUCAGUAUUUAGAGAGUCGACGAUCUUUAAGAAGCAAUAAAGUUCCCGCAUUGACAGAUGCUGAGUCCUCGGUUGAGAUUGGUUCUCCUUUGAGGCACAAAAUCAUUGAAAUGGGACUUCAAGGGACUCUUACUAAGAAAGAUAGUGAGGAAGAUUUUGCAUCUCACGAAGAAGAUGUGAGACCAUUGAUCGGUAAAGGGAAAGAAGAAACACAGACUCCGAAACAUGGGAAAGAGAUCACGACAAAGCAGAUUGCAAUGUACGGGCUUUACCUUGCACCAAUUUGGUUUGUUACAGAGUAUCUGUCCAAUGCUGCUCUUGCGCGUACAAGUGUGGCAAGCACUACUGUGUUGUCUUCAACCUCAGGACUGUUUACUCUUUUCAUUGGUGCUUUUUUGGGCCAAGAUACUUUGAACCUGUCGAAAGUAGUUGCUGUAUUUGUCAGUAUGGCCGGUGUGGUCAUGACAACGCUCGGGAAAACUUGGGCUGCUGAUGAGUCGCAACUAAAUUCUUCACUCAACGGGGAACGGUCCCUUAUGGGAGAUCUCUUUGGGCUUCUCUCUGCAGUCUCGUAUGGACUAUUUACAGUGCUUUUAAAGAAGUUUGCUGGUGAAGAAGGAGAAGGAGUUGAUGUGCAAAAGCUGUUUGGAUACAUAGGAUUGUUCACACUUGUAGCUCUCUGGUGGCUUGUGUGGCCAUUGACAGCAUUAGGGAUCGAACCCAAGUUUACCAUACCGCAUUCUGCCAAAGUGGAUGAAGUUGUUUUGGCUAACGGUUUUGUUGGAAGUGUCCUCUCUGACUAUUUUUGGGCACUUUCUGUGGUGUGGACGACUCCGCUAGUAGCGACACUGGGUAUGUCUCUCACCAUUCCACUUGCGAUGGUUGCUGACAUGAUGAUUCACGGUCGUCAUUAUUCCGCCAUUUACAUUCUUGGCUCAACUCAGGUGUUUGCUGGAUUCGUAAUAGCUAACAUCUCGGACUUGUUCUCAAAGAAGCUUGGUUUGUAA